ACAUCGCCUACCACCUCGCUCUGUUCGCGCCAAGAACACACCAGCACUAGCUAGCCUGCGCGUACCUACUGACCUAAUUAAGUUCUUCAGGUUGCAUAAUGCCGAACACGAAGGAGGAGGUGGCCGCCGCCAAACUCGCCAAGCAGGCCACCCUGACGGCGCCGUACUGGGACCCUCCGGCGGAGCUGCUGGACAGGAGCGAGCUGUCCCGUUGGUCCCUGUACCGCGCCGUCAUCGCCGAGUUCAUGGCCACGCUCAUCUUCCUCUACAUCAGCAUCGCCACGGUCAUCGGCUACAAGAGCCAGGCCGCCGCCCAAGCGUGCACCGGCGUCGGCUACCUCGGCGUGGCCUGGUCCUUCGGCGCCACCAUCUUCGUCCUCGUCCACUGCACCGGCGGCCUCUCAGGCGGGCACAUGAACCCGGCGGUGACGUUCGGGAUGCUGGUGGGGAGGAAGCUGUCGCUGGUGCGCGCCUCGAUGUACAUCGCGGCGCAGUGCCUGGGAGCCAUCUGCGGGGCGGCCAUCGUGAAGGCCAUCACGCGCCACGCCCACAGCUACGAGGCCUUCGGCGGCGGCGCCAACACCGUGGCCGACGGGUUCACGGUGGGCGGAGCGAUCGGCGCCGAGAUCGUCGGCACCUUCGUGCUCGUCUACACCGUCUUCUCCUCCACCGACCCCAAGCGCACCGCGCGCGACUCCUUCGUCCCCGUGUUGCAGCCGCUGCCGAUUGGGUUUGCGGUGUUCGUGGUGCACCUGGCGACCAUACCGGUCACCGGCACGGGGAUUAACCCGGCCAGGAGCCUCGGCGCCGCCGUCAUGUACAACCAGCACAUAGCCUGGAAACACCACUGGAUCUUCUGGGUCGGGCCGUUCGUGGGCGCGACCGUGGCGGCGUUAUACCACCAGUGCGUGCUGCGCGGCAAAGCAGCCAAGGCGCUGGACUCGUUCAGGGGCACCGGCGCUGCGACCGCACCGCAGGACGCAGGAACCUAACUAUGGAGCGAAAUGCUACAUGCAUACGUGUAAUCGAAGCAGCUGGUUAAUUUGGUCGACCCCGCCCCUGCGUGAUUUUUUUUUCUGCGGAUAUAUACCGCCCGCGUGAUUCUGUUUCUUCUUUGGUUUGUUCGUGAUGUGACGUCUCGGUCGUGUAACUUUGGACACAUGCAUAUGCAUGGAUGUGGCCCCGUGUGUCCUCUCUUUGUUUAAUUUGUGGUGAGUAGUACAACUGAGGUUGUCUAUGAAUAAAUCGACCGGCUGGUACUUUUCGCUGAUUA